AUUCGGCACCAGCUGUGCAACACCAGCAGCGUGUGGCUGAUACGCAGUGACCUCAGAGGAUGGAGUCCUUUCUUCUGAUACACACUAGGGAAUUAUGGCAGGAAGGCAUGGUUUUAUUUAGUUUGCCUGUGAUUCCUGGUUUGCCUUGCACCUGGGGGACAGCCUGCAUCUCUGAGGUUCAGUCAGAGCCUGACAUCUGAACCAUGAGGACCUGGUGGCUCCUGCUUGCCAUCAGCAUCUGCAUGAGGGAUGUAAACUCACAGGACACAUGCAGGCAAGGGCACCCUGAUCCCGGUCACAACGGUCUGCCUGGAAGAGAUGGACGAGAUGGAGCAAAGGGUGACAAGGGGGAUGCAGGAGAAUCAGGACAUCCCGGCAGCCCAGGAAAGGAUGGGAUGAGAGGAGAGAAAGGAGAACGAGGAGCAGAUGGAAAAGUUGAAGCAAAAGGUAUCAAAGGUGAUCAAGGCUCAAGAGGGUCUCCUGGGAAACAUGGACCAAAGGGAUUGGUUGGUCCCAUGGGAGAGCAAGGCCUUCAAGGAGAGACUGGCCCUCAGGGGCAGAAGGGGGAUAAAGGUGAUGUGGGCCCCAUUGGCCUCAAAGGUCUAAUGGGUGACACUGGACCUUUGGGCCCUACUGGUUUGCCUGGCCCUGUAGGCCCCAUUGGAAAACCUGGUCCUAAGGGAGAAGCUGGACCCAUGGGGCCCCAAGGUGAGCCCGGAGUCCGAGGAAUAAGAGGCUGGAAAGGGGAUCGAGGAGAAAAAGGGAAAAUUGGUGAGACUCCAGUGUUGCCAAAAAGUGCUUUCACUGUGGGGCUUACUGUGCUGAGCAAGUUUCCUCCUUCAGACAUGCCCAUUAAAUUCGAUAGGAUCCUAUACAACGAAUUCAACCAUUACAACGUAGCCACAGGGAAAUUCACUUGCCACAUUGCUGGAGUCUAUUACUUCACCUACCACAUCACCGUUUUCUCCAGGAACAUUCAGGUAUCCUUGGUCAAAAAUGGGGUGAAAAUAUUGCACACCAAAGACGGUUAUAUGAGCUCUGAGGACCAGGCAUCCGGGGGCAUCGUCUUGCAGCUGAAGCUUGGGGAUGAGGUGUGGAUGCAGGUGACUGGGGGAGAGAGGUUCAAUGGCUUGUUUGCAGAUGAGGAUGAUGACACAACUUUCACCGGCUUCCUUCUGUUCAGCAGCUGAGGGUGAGAAGAGGGUGCAAAGUAGCCUCACCACCCAUCACAAUGCACUUGGUGAGCAAGUUAGAUAACACCUGUAUAUUCACUCAUCCAACUAUGACAAUUAAUCCAAAAAUGUGAAAAUAGGAAAGUUCAUCCUAAAACUGAUCCCAUGCCACUUACUAUCUUGCCAAGGUACAUUUUAAAGUAGUUACAUGAUUAUAAUUUUAUACUUUAUAGAACCAUUUCCUUUGCAGGUGGGCGUCUUGUGGGACGAGUGUUGUGAUACUGUCAUGGUGCUCUAAGGAGCCACGUUAUGAGAGAUUGUUCAUCUGUAUUCCUGAAGGCAUUAGAAAGAAAGAAAAGUAACCUGUCUAUUCCAUUUGGAAACUAAUAAAGGCUUUGAGCUGG